AUGGCCAAAAGAGCCAAGCUCCCCAAGCCACCUUACCCUCUCCCUUCGAAGCUCCAAUACAAGCUGAAAAAGAAGCGAUCUAUCCCUUCAGCCCAGUCUAAUCCCGAGUCCUCCCAAUCUCAUAAACGAAGGAGACUCUCUACCAGCCAGGAUGUUCAUACCAUGAUCAAUCCUGCCUUAGAAGAAGAACUCUGUAAUGGCUUUUCUACAAUUACCGAUACAUCCCCCCUGUUGCUCGCUACACCCACUCCGCCUCCUAGAGGACCUCCAGCAGCGACCCGCAUCCCAGCCGAGACUUUCGAAUUGAUCUUCUAUCAUCUGAAAGAUAUCAUCAUGACACUCCCUUUGCCGGAUCUACCUAUUCGAGCCAAAACCCCUACGACGUACAAUGAAGGUAUCGAUAAUCAACGAUUGACCAACGAAGAGGUGAUGACAUACAAGAGGUUUUUGGUGAAGAAACAAUUGAACGACCUGGGAAAAGUUUGUAGGAACUGGAGAGAUAGAGUAAAAGAUGUUAGGAAUGGUAAUGAGGUCAUUAUCAUCGGAGAGAACGAUGGACAUAGAGCUUUCACAAGACCUUCAGCAUGGUUCCCUCUUGAUCUCACCAGACCACUCGACCUCACUGUUCAAGUGACUUUACAGACUUUCAUCAAAAUUAUCAACUCUCUCACCCAGCUUUACCCUACCGUCAGGAUUGAUAAACUCACCAUCCUCCAUUCGUUCAGACCCGAAGGUAAACCCGACGAGCUCUGCAAUCCACCCCAAGAGGAAGGAGAUCCAUCAAGCGUAUCUGAAGAUAAAAUUGACAGAUUGUUAUCAAAGAUCAAACCCCGAUCGGUCCAUGUAGAAUGGUACGCUGGUGAAGAUAUCUUGACUAAGAACUGUAUCAACUCCAUUGCCAAGACUUUGAAACGAAAUCAUAUGGAUCCUGAGGUCUUAGAAGAGAGAUUGAACGGAAUGAAGGUAAAGACAGGAAAUUACAAUCUACCUCGCGAUUGGGACAUCAAAAAUGAUUUAUCGAAGGUCAUGACCAAUAGGAUGUUGAUUGUUUGGAGGCAAUGUAUGAUUGAUUUUGCGUUAAGAGCAAAUCAUAUGAUGAUUCUACAAGAGUUACGAGAAUCAGCCAAUUUCGGAGUCAUUGAUAAUUUCGAUUAUCACUUUGUCAGUGUACCUUUACGUACCAUCAAGAAGUCACAUCCCCUCCCUGUCCCCUACGACUCGCCUAUCCCGCCAAUGGGAUCAUUACGAUCAAUCGAUAACAUCCUCCUGUGGGACCUGAGAUGGAGAGAUCCGAAAUGGAUGAGAAGGAGAAACAAAGCUGUCGCAGCGGAGAGGGGCGAGACGUACAAUUGGAGGGAUAACGUUCCCUCACCACCGAUCGAAUGGACUGUAUGGGGAUCAUUUGAUAUGUGGAAACAACAAAAGGAUCGAAGACAAUUCAAAGGUGAAGGAAAAGACAUACCUUGGAAAGGUAAAACCAGAGAGAUCGACGAGACUCUAGCCCAAUUCUUCAUGGAACGAUCGAAGAAAUGGAUCAAGCCUUAUGAUUGGAUAUAUAAGAGUGAAAAAGAGAAUUUUGAAGAUAUGAUUCGAUUUGUGGUCGAAAGGAAUCAUAAGGUUAAGAAACCACCUAAAUCAUUUAACAAUAACGCCUUUCUUUUGGCUUUACGGAAAGAAGGAAAGAUCUUAAAUGAGGAUGUGAUCAAAGCGAGAAUAUUAGAAGUUAGGAUGAAAGGAAAGGAAGAAAAACUCAGAAACAUCGAUGAAGAGAUGUUCAUGAUGAAUCGACCUGAAUCGAAUCAGUUGCAGUAUAACGAAUUAUAUAUUAGAGAAUGGUUGAAAUUGCAGACGGAACAAGAGAAGAAGUUGCUGGUAGAGAAAUUAAGGAGGAAAUAUAAAUCGAAGGGGUUGUAUACCAGAAUGAAUUGGCCACUUUACCAUCCUAACCAACCAGGAGUGAGAUUCUGUGUGGAACCGAGAAUCAUUUAG